CAACUGAACAGACAGUGACAUCUACUGCCUCUUUAAGACCUCAUCUUCCCACUUUAACUGUUCAGCCUCCCCCAUGCAGCCCCACCUUGUCACCAGCAGCUCUCAGUGUAGACGUGCUGGCUGUAAACUAAAGUCCCCACUGCUUAUCCUGGUGACAGUGCUCCCAUCAGCACAUUCUCUACUAAGGGAAGCCGGGUGCUUACACUGAUCGAUCUCUCACCGGUGGACUUCAGCAUACUAGGUUUUUGUCUAUUGUCAAAGUUGGGAGAAGGAGUGAAACGCUUGCUGGACCAUGAGUGAGCUGGAGCAGUUGCGGCAGGAGGCAGAGCAGCUGCGCAAUCAGAUUAGAGAUGCCAGGAAAGCAUGCAGCGACUCCAGCCUGUCCCAGAUUACAGCUGGUCUGGAUUCAGUUGGUAGGAUCCAGAUGAGAACGAGGCGGACACUCCGAGGCCAUUUAGCCAAAAUCUACGCCAUGCACUGGGCUACUGAUUCUAGGUUACUAGUUAGUGCCUCACAAGAUGGCAAACUCAUCAUUUGGGACAGCUACACCACAAACAAGAUUCAUGCCAUUCCAUUAAGGUCAUCAUGGGUGAUGACUUGUGCCUAUGCUCCCUCAGGGAAUUAUGUAGCCUGCGGAGGCCUGGACAACAUCUGCUCAAUCUAUAGCCUUAAAACCCGUGAGGGCAAUGUCAGAGUCACUAGAGAACUUCCUGGACACACAGGUUAUUUGUCUUGUUGUCGCUUUUUGGAUGAUAGUCAGAUAGUCACCAGCUCUGGAGAUACUACUUGUGCUCUGUGGGACAUUGAGACUGGUCAGCAGACCACCACAUUCACAGGGCACAGUGGAGAUGUGAUGAGCCUGUCACUCAGCCCUGACUCUAAGACCUUUGUGUCAGGUGCCUGCGAUGCAUCCUCAAAAUUGUGGGACAUCCGAGAUGGAAUGUGCAGACAGUCUUUCACGGGACAUGUUUCUGAUAUAAAUGCUGUCAGUUUCUUCCCAAAUGGUAAUGCGUUUACCACAGGCUCGGACGACGCCACUUGUCGUUUGUUUGACCUUCGUGCAGACCAGGAACUGAUGAUGUAUUCACACGACAACAUUAUCUGCGGCAUCACUUCCGUGGCCUUCUCUAAGAGUGGCCGCCUGCUGCUCGCUGGCUAUGAUGACUUCAACUGCAAUGUAUGGGAUACUCUAAAGGGAGAGCGUGCAGGUGUUCUAGCUGGGCAUGACAACAGAGUCAGCUGUUUGGGGGUAACCAGUGAUGGCAUGGCUGUGGCUACCGGUUCUUGGGAUAGCUUCCUUAGGAUAUGGAACUGACCUCACUGGGUUGGACUUUGAGAGCCACGCCUUCUGAUCACACAAUUACUGUAGUGCACCGCUGCCACACAGGACCCUUCCCUCUCCAUCUCCUCCUUAUAGAUGCCCUAAUUUUCUUCAUCUUCUCUCUUUCUUAGACCACAUUAUCCCAUCAUCCUGCAGUCAGUUAAAGAGGUGAGGACCAAUAGCGAUACCUCUGACUCGAGGUGGGGGACAGACUGUGUUGUGUACAGUAUAUUUCUGCAAUUCUGUGUGCUUGUAUGUAUAACAUAUGCACUUCUGACAGUGUUUGGAUGUUCUGGUGUGUGGAUACUUGUGAUUGGUAUCUUAACUGUCCCUUUUUUUUCCUGCUUAUUUUCUUUGUCCCGAAUCACAGUGCUUUUUGCCAGACACAGUGGCCAGUGUAAUUAACUAAGGGUUUAGGCUGCCACAGUAUUGUAGGCCAUAAGUGUUUGAUCCUCUACCUUAAUUUAGUUAGCAUCAGGUAGCAUCAGUGUUGGUUCUUUUCUACCAUAAAUGAUCCAGGCUGAGCUUGGUAAUGUAUAGUUGUGAGAGAAACACUGACGCCACUGAGCUUGUGUUUUCCAUCCUCUACCGACUCAGUGUAUUAAACUGUAUUAUAGCCAGCACAGAAGGAUUUUCAUUAAGCCCGUCUGUCCAUCUGUCUUUACUAUCACUAGAUGCACUAUCUGACAUUUGCUGCUUUGCAUAUUUAUUUGGCUGAAUAUAUGAUACAUGUAUGGUUAAAGGGAUAGUUCACCCACAAGUGUAAUUAGUUGUCAUUUGUUCUGCUAAAAUCAAAAGAACAGUUCUAAAGAAGACUGUGCUGUUUUCCAAAAAAUCACAAUAUUUAAGUACUGAUGCAUUUAUGCUUAAUGGAUCCAAAAAACCCUUAAAAUGGAUAUGAAAGUAUUCCAGAUGACUCUGCAUUCCAAGUCGUCUGAGGACAUACAAAAGAAUGAGUCAGAAACAGACUGAAAUUUGGUCAAAGUUGGUCAUCUAAAUUUAGCGACUCCAGAUUGAGUGGGUUGAAUGAACUCCUGAGUCGAAUCAGAAUGAAACAUUUCAUAAACACUCCAAGGAGUCCUGUUACAUAUGUUAUCAGUGAAUUACGACUUUGUUAUUCACCAAAAAUGUUUUGUAUGUCUUCAUAAGACAUGGAGCAGUACACCUAUCAUAUGGACCACCUUCAUGUGUGGACGCACAAAAAUCAAAUAGUUUUGCAAUAACUUGAGGGUGAGUAAGUGAUGACAUUUUAAGCAAAACUAUUUCUGGAAAGUUUAAGUCUUUUUGUUUUGAUCCAAACACCAAGCAUGGCCUUGAUGCUUUGUGUGACUUUGCCACUGAUGAGCAUGCUGGAAUUGUAACCUGAUUCCUAACAAAGAGGCCUUGGUCACUGCCACUCUGACAAUGUCUGCCUUUUUACACACACUAUGAACACCUGCCAUCUGAGAUGAAGACCUAGCUAGGACUGUAUGCUUUUGCACUAGAAAAUAGUCAUGUGAGACUGCACACACUGGUGUUUCUGCACUCGUUUGAAUUAAUGUGCUUCAGCUCUGUGACAAAAAAAAAAACUGUCAUGGACCACAAGCUACACUGUGCAUAUUUAGACACAAAUGUGUGUAUUGAAGGUAUAAAUCCCUCUGUCUGUUUCUGUAAAACAACAACAACAAAAAAAGCAAGCCUUAAACGCAAGUCAUUUUUCACUUGAACCACCAGUAAUCACCUUAAAUUUGUGCCAGUCAGUGUGAAUAAAUGUACAGGCUGGCUUUGUGAGCAUAUAAAAAUAUGUACAAAGGUUAUGCUUUUCAUUGUGGUUGUUUAGUUUUAGACUUUUUUUUUUUUCAGGCAAGUUUUUUGACAUUAAUGAUAUUUACAUUUCCAAUACCAGUUUGCAUUCAGUAUUCUGUAUCGUUUUGUGCUAUUUCAAGAGUUUAAUAUAUGACAUUACUGUUCAUCAGGUAAAUUUCAUUUCAAUCAUGCAAUUACUUAUGUUAUGAAAGGACAUCCAACACGUGGAAGUUAUGGACCUCCUGUUUUGAGUGUUUACAACAUUUAGGCAGUUAUUAUUUAGGUAAUUAAGGUACAUGAAGAACUUUGCAUAGUGCAAUGAAGGCAAAAAGGGUUUUAACCUGAAUUGAUUUAGUAAAACCAACAUAAUUCAUAUGACAUCCAAUUGUCCUCCAGGUAUAGCCUUUUGUAGUCGUUUAAUUGACUUGAAAUGUUUCGUCUCAAUACAAUACAAGUUCAAAACAAUCAACAAUGUACAGUACACUUACAAGUAAAUUAACUUAUGCCUUUUUAUUCUGGGAAAAUGAGGCACCUGCAAUUAAAAUAAAUGGUGAACAGCAUUUGUGCACAUGUAAAUUUGGCAGUUAUAUUUGUAUUAUUUGGGUUUUGUAAAUUGUCAUCACCAACAUCAUAAUAUCGCUAUGAUUUAGUUUCAUGUUAACACAGUCUGCAACUUUAGUUGCUAUACUUUUUUAAUGACAUUUUUUAGUGUUUAUUGGUUUUGUUCUAAGUGUCUUCAUUCAUCCAUGAUUGUUGCUUUUUGUGUGUUUGUGAAGACUAAUACGAUUGACCUUAGCUCAUAUUGAAUCCAGAACAUUCAUUAGAUUUGAAGUUCAACCUGAACUUGCCAGUUAGUCCAUAAAGUACAUGAACAUGAUCGUAGGGAGCAGGCAACAUAAUAUCCUAUGGAUAUUUCAGCUAGCUUACUGAGCCUUAUCCUAUGGAUAAGAUCAAAUACUGUGCUAGCAAUACCACAAUCCAUUGACUCUGAGGGGGAGGUGGGGGGCAGCUUGCUUAAGUUUUCAAAAUCCUUAACGGUAUAAAAAAUCAUGCUUGACCUUUAAGUUAGAACUUGACAAUUAAAUCGACAUGCAGGUGGUUUCCAAAUGUGAAAAUGAUUGUGUUAGAACUAUCGUAUUAAAUGAUGCAGCUUAUAUUAUCCAGAUCUUUGCAAUCACUUUUUCUUUCAUUUAAAGUAGGCACUCAGCACAUAACUUAUGAUGUGAGGCUUAAAUAUUUGUAUUUUUUGAAGAAGUUUUCCCUUACAACAUUUGCUUUCCACAUGCUGGCCUUCUUGCUAAAGGCAGUGACAGCUUAGUUUUUCUGAAUUUGAAUUUAACCAAGGUUGUUUUUACAGGGGUGGUUAUUCUGACAAGCAUUGAAAUUACAGCACUGAAACCCCAAGGCAGACUGGCAGCAGUUAAUGUCUAAAAUGGAUAACAAUACUACAAAGAAAUACUCUAAAUACUCUAAAAAUUAAAGUGAAUAAAGAAGUAAAUGCAGCAUUGGCUGUAGCGUGAUCACAGAUUCGAUGUAUCACAUUGAAGUGUUGUUUAGCUUUGCUUUCACUUGCUACAGAAACUUUUUCAUUUAUAAACAUACAGGACACAAAUAACCGAAGUGCAAUCUGUUAAGCAUAUUAACAACAUACUGUCACCAACCCUCAAACAAAUUGUGGUUUACCAAAGAGCAAGCGUGCUUGAUUCAUAGUGGUUUUGAUGUAUUUUAUAUAGCGAUAGAUCUACUUCCUAAUGGGUGCAAAAUAAACGAUCCUUGCUGUUGUAAUGGACAAGAUAUUUGGAUGGUCCUGCAAAUGCUGUAACUAUUUGAUUUAAAAUCAGAUGAUUUUGAUUUUAAUUCACUUAUACGGUAAUUAUUAGUUGCCCCUCCCUAGUGUGUAUAUAUCAUGGACAAAACCAGCAGACAUAACUGCCUCUUGAUUCUAACAUACAUUCCUCUUAAUUCACUUUAAAUGCUUUAUUGACAACAGAUUUGUAUUAUUUACUUUAUGCUGGCUCAGAAAACAAUGAUGUCUUGCUGUGGGAUCUUUUUUAUUUAGGUUUUUAACAGAAUUUGUUUGUAUUCGUACAGUGGCAGUAAAACCUGUUAUUAUUUGUUGUCGUAAACCAAUAAAUGCUUUUCAUCAAGA